ACACUGUCUUCCGGAGCAUCAUAAGUGAGCUUGAAAAAGUUGGUCUUCGCAUCAUUGCUGUUAUCACGGAUAACAAUUCUAUAAACCGCAGAACAAUGUCUCUUUUUGGAAAUUCAUCAAAAGUCAGCAGCUCCUACCCGCACCCAUCAAAUCCGACACGUCCUCUUGUUUUUGUUGUUGAUCCCGUUCACCUGUUAAAAUGUGUUCGUAACAAUUGGAUUAAUCAAAAGAACAGUGGCACAUGCAUGUUUUUUCCUUCUCUUCUGGAUCUGCAUGGCAGCCCGAAAAUUUUCACAGCAUCUUUCAAGACCCUCCGGGAUCUUCACUCAAAGGAACAAGAUCAACUUGUGAAGGCUGCUCCAAUGCUCUCAAUAAAAGCUCUCAAUCCUUCUAGCAUGGAGAGGCAGAAUGUUAAACUUGCUCUGAAACUGUUUAAUACAUCCACGACAGCUGCUUUAGAAACAUAUGACCAGCGCUAUGACUGGCAGCACGCACCUGGAACUGCAGAGUUCAUAAGGAUUGUAGAAACGUGGUGGAAGAUUAGUAAUGUUAAGUCUCCCAACAAAGGACGACGGCUUCGCGAUGUGCUGCAGACUCCCAUCACGCAAACAUUGUGCCCACAAGUGGAAUUCCUUCGAAGCAUCAUGCAGUGGCUUGACGUGUGGGGACAGUUGAAGUUAGAUAUCGGAAUUCUCACACGGGAGACCCACAGUGCUUUUCGACUCACUACAGAGACAUUGAUCAAGCUUGUCGCAUAUUGCCUCGAAGAUCUUGAAUUUGACUAUGUACUCCUGGGCAAGUUCCAGACAGACUGUUUGGAGGAAAGAUUUGGCAAGUAUCGACAACUUUCCGGGUCUCAAUACCAUGUCUGCAUUAGGCAGAUAUAUGAAUCCGAACGCAAGCUUCGUCUACAGAGUGUCCUGAAGUUGCCAGAGAUGGAUGCGGAAAUGCCUCCAAUCAAAUUUGAAGAGGCCAUUUUGCAGAAAUUCAAAAUUGAAGUAAAUGCUAAGGACAUUGAAAUGAAGGCCCCUAAUCUUCCUGCCAUAACAUACGUCGCAGGCUAUUGUGCCCAUGCGGCACUUAAGAAGCUGUCAUGCACUACGUGCAGAACAAACUUAGUGGAAGAAGAGGACAUCGUGUUGGAAAACGCAGAAGUAAUAGAGAGCAUGAGUCGUGGAGGACUUAAGUUUCCCCAACCUGCAGUGAUGAAUGCUGUUAUGACCGCCGAAAUAGUGUUGGACAAACUACGAAGUAACAAGUAUUCUACGGUCUUUCAUGCACUCCUCAAUCAAAAGCAAGUCCUUUUUUCGCUGACGUGCAACCUCUUGAUGGAGGGCGGCCAUUUGGAGGAAUGUCAUAGCGGUCACAGCCCAGGAUUAGUGCUACAACACCUACUUAGUGCUGCAACCGACAUUCUGCUGAAAAACUAUUGUAAACUUAAAAACGAUCAACUUGUCCAAAAGAAAGUGGCCGAAAAGCGGAAGCUGAACACCUUAAAACCUUGACGGUUCAGUACUUUCACUUGUCUGUAAAACGUCAUGUGCAC